AUGGAGAAGAUUAGAGAGAAAUUGACCACUUUGAAGGCCGAGGCCGAGCAAUGGCAAGAUAAGUACGAGGAAUUGAAGACCGAGAAGAAGCAAUUAGAGGAGGAGAACAUUGAAAUGGAAAACCAGAUCAAGUCUUUGACUGUUAAAAAUGAGCAUUUAGAAGAGGAACUAGAGAAGUUGGAGGCUCAAUUAAACGAACACAAACAGUUAGCUGAAGAUUCUACGAAUUUGCGUUCUCAUAAUGAGAACUUCACCAAGAAAAACCAACAGUUGGAGGAGGAACUGGAGGAAAGUGACACAAAGUUAAAGGAGACUUUGGAGUUGUUGAGAGAGACCGAUUUGAAGUCCGAACAAUUGGAAAGAAAGGUUGUUUCUCUAGAAAACGAAGUCCAGGAUUGGGAAGCUAAGUAUGAGGAGUUACAGACCAAGUACAGCUUUGCAAAGGACGAGUUGGAGGAAAUUACUGCUUCUUUGGAGAACUUGUGA